CGCGCACGACACCGAGUGCUGUGCUCAGUCAGAGUUAUGGAGGGGGGUUAAGUGUAAAGGAGAUCUAACUUUACGUCAGUCAUCGGCAGUAUUCGUUUUCGUACCUGCAGCUGUGGCAGGUUGGCAGAUCUACUUGCUCGUAAUCGGAAGAGUUGGGUGUGAAGAGAGUUCUCGCCGUAGACGAGAACCGUCAUCGUCGUCACCGUCGUCAUCGUGAUCGCGAUCGUCGUAUCACGUAAUCCCCUAUCUCCCCUUCGUCCACCUCCCUUCAUCUCGCGUAUCGCGCCUAUUGUGAAACAGUGUGAAAGCGCGAAGCGCGAGUUCUCGUGAAGCGGGUUUAUUUGCGAGCGAGGUGACCGAAUGUUUCGCUGAGAAUUAUGUGGAAUAGUGGCGCAGAAUUGGGAUCGGUCGCGCGUCAAGUCAGCUGACAUAUUGCGCCCUGCUACACCGCAACAGCCUUCGGUGAGUACAUGGUGACACGCGGUUGUAGAGGAGCAAUCGGGAAGAGAGUUGCAGCGAAGGACAUCUAGUUAUCCUGCACCAAGCUGACUGUGACUUUCCACUGUUUCUCGAGGCAGCGCAAUCGCAACUAGGAUAUAAACGGGAUCUUCUUGAUUGAACAAAGAGUGAUACUGAAAGACAAGAGUUAUGGAACGAGAGUCUAAUCCUAUGCAAGCCCUGUGUCGCAGUGGAUGUGGAUUUUAUGGCUCGCCGGCUACCGAUGGCCUUUGUUCUCUUUGCUAUAAGGAAAAUUUGAAAAAGAAGCAACAACCUCCAGUGUCAGCUGCCACUGUACCAACCUCACAGACUGUCUCUAGCAACGCUGGUACGUUGCAAGGCAAUUUUGGUAGUCCUGCAGCCACAGGAACUACGGCCCAACCUACCAUUCCUACUAUACCUCAGUCAACGUCAGAUCUGCCCAGUCCCAAAGAAAAGGUAAACAGGGAAGAUCAGGAAAAUGAAGUAGGUGUAAGCAGUGCAGUAGCUGAAGGCUCAUCGGCGAGUAGUGGCGAUGUAGACGACUCUUUUGACAGCAAAGAGACUGAUAAAGAAUCUAAGAAGAAGAAAAAUCGUUGUGCUAUAUGUCGCAAAAAAGUUGGUUUGACCGGAUUUGAGUGCCGUUGUGGAGGACUAUUCUGUGCCGUGCAUCGGUACAGUGACAAGCAUGAUUGCAAAUUCGAUUACAAAGAAAUGGGCGCUCAAGAAAUUCGGCGCAACAAUCCAGUUGUUGUUGGUGAAAAAGUGCAAAAAAUUUGAACUAUUUAGUGUGUAGUCGUUGGGAAAAUGGUUAUUAUAACUAUAUAAACAAACAGAAUAUUAAAAAAAAACACGAAGAAAACGAGAUAAAUUAUCUGGCAGCUGAUUCGCACGUCGAGGGGUGAAACGAGCGAGUGUAAGAUCGAGAGAAAGUGAGAGUAUGAAUGUGAGUGAGCGCGCAAGAACGACAGCAAAAUUGUUUUGUAGUUGAACCGUCAAGAAAAAGUAGAGAGAAAAAUGAAAAAAGAAACGAAUAUAUCAGAACAAAUAAACGAAAGAUCGCAAAUUAGAAUGUGCGUGUGUGUAUGAGAGUGAAUGGUUCAUAACUGGAUGCCAGUGCCAUGUAAGUCAGAUUUGUCAUCUAGUGAGAGAAUUUUAAUUGAGAAUAUACCUGGUUACUAACUGCUGCCAGCUUACUACUAUUAUUAUUACCUAUUAUUAUCUCUUCAUUAUUACGGUUUAUAAUUAUCCUAUAUAUUAUGUUUAUUAAUUUACUUAAAUGGAAAAUUUGCAAAUAUAUAAAAGCUCGUUUUACAUAAAGGCAGAACUCUUGGUGCGGUCAGCCAGUCCAGGGUGUCUCCUUAUAAGUUUUGGUUUGUUCUAGAAAAAUUUUAUACUGUUUCGUUUAUAUAUCAAAAAAUAAAUAAAUAGGGAAUGUUGCUUAGGUAAUGGCUGACGGUGGGUGAUCACAAUCUUAGGUUAAUAAUUAUAGUCUAAUAAUUAUUAAGUAUAUUAGACUAUUGAUUCAUAAAUAAUAAUGCAAUGAAAUAUAAGUAGUACUGUGUGUUUAUGUCCAACUUCACAUGAAUAUAACCAGCAAUUAUUACUCAUUAAAUAUGUUUCAACCUAUAUUGCAAAUAAUUAUUUACACUGCGGCCGCAAAUCUGGGAUUUGUAAAUUAAACCCCUCUAACGCAAUCUUCGAUUUUUCUUAGAAUGUAAAUGAAUUGUUAAUAGUUGAAAUUGUCGAUUAGUUUACUCGUUUUCUUCUUUAUUUUUGCUUGUUUUGCGAGUUUUGUAGAAUAGCUGCGCGAGGUAUUCCGGUGCUGCAUAGCAGCGCAUAAUGUAAGAGUAAAUGAUUAAUAAAAUGUCUAAUGUGAGGCCGGGCAUUAUAUGAACGACAAAGAAGAAAACUAUUAAAAACAUUUAUAAAGUGUGAACGUAUAUGAACUAAAACCAUGCGCGAAAGAUAUUACAUCGAGAUAAAAAAAUUUUAUAAUCCACAUACAUAUUCUCUAUUUUUCUUCUCCGCGCUUAAAAUUCGUGCCGAACUUCAUUUCUUUUUCUCGUUCGUAAAAAUAGCUAUACAUGUUUGUAAAGUUAUAGCAUGCGUGUGAAAAGAAGUGCUAUAGCUGUCCGGUUUUGUUGUAUUCUUGUAAAAAGCAAGAUGAGUAAGAAGAUGAUAAAGCAGCGCAAAUUAUCCAUGUGUAAGUCAAUUCCUUAAAAGCUUUAUAAGCGAGUUUUUGAAUUUUUUUUUGAAGAAAAAGGAAAAAAUAUAAAAAAUAUAUACAUAUAUAUUGUGUUUUCCGAUUCCGCGUAAAACAAAGUAAUGUAUAUUUUUUUCUUUCUCUUAUCCUCGGACAAAGCGCUUAUAUCAAUUGUGCUGCCGUACUUUUAUUUCUUAUUUUGUAAUUAGGACCUGUUCUGUAUAAAGUAGUAUAAUUCUUGUUAUUCGCCCAAGAUUUAUUUUUGCGUCGCUUCGAAAAGUAUCUGUAUAGCAAAGAUUUUUCUUAUUUUCGAUAAAUAUAAAGCGUUCUGUUAAACAUAAUCGUAAGGUCUGUCAAGCGCAGAUUUUCUUUCUUCAGAAUUGAACGAACAAGUAUUUUUCUCGUUACCAAAUAUUUCACGUGUCACCGUCAAGAGUCCUUCACCCGAAAAUGAUUUUAUUUCUUCGAAUAUGUUGCAUCGUAACUAAAUUCGCAAAAAAUUGCGGUUAACAACAUCUAGGAAUUAAGAUUGUCUGAUGUGGAUUUCUCAGUACAAUCACAACAAUUCGAUAUAACACGAUUCAUUGGCGAUUCUUACGGAACGACUCUAUGACUUCACAUAGACAAUAUGUACAUCUUAUCAUGUAUCUUUCAAGAUCCAUCGUCGAUGAAUCUGUUUUCUAUCUUUUUUGGCGCAUUUUUAGGAACGCUGAUGAGAAAGAUCAGAAUCAUGUACAGAAAAAAUCGCGCGCACACACAUGACACAUACGCAAUACACUGACAUAUACACACCGAUUAUCAGUAAUAUCGGAAUGGUUGCCUUCAGGCCUUCAUCCUAUUUUAGGCAUAGCAUAUUUUUCUAACGUGUAUCGCAAUAUCGGAAUAAUCUUGCCUAGCGAGAGCGAUCGAAUGACAGAAAGAAAAAGAAAUAGGGAGAGAGUGAUUGAAAGAAUGUGUAUACAUGAUGGAUAGAAAUGUUUGUGCGAGAGUGAGGCAGAAGAAUGGGUGCACAGGAAUAUAAAUGAUUUAUAGGAAAUGAAAGAGGACAAAAGAAAGAAAAACAGAGAAAAAUAAGAAGAAUAUCAGCGACGAUCGUACUUGGCUGACUAUAUAAAGACGUAACACGAUGCUUGUAAUUAUUACGAUUGAUAUUAGUACGUUUAAGCUAUUAAAAAAAAAGUAACAUCAACUUUUUAAUAUAUUAUAUGAUUACAAUUACCAUCCUUUGAAGUGCUUUAGACAUUUAGGUUUCACGUACGUAAAACGAAGUUAGUGUACUCCCAUAUGUUCCUCUCUUUUUUCCUUUCCUCUCACCUUUCCUUCCUUCAUCCAUCUUCUUCUUCCUCCUCUUGUCUUCUUCUUCCCAGCCCUUUAACGGACCUUUUAACAGUUCUAAAACGUUUAUAAUUAUAGUGGACUAUAUUUAUGUAUAUUUAAAAACAAAAUAUAUAUAAAUGCAUCACCCUUAACGAAGGCCGGCAAUCGUUUUUGUGUGUUCUCGACUACUUUAUAUAGAACUUUAAUCGACACCUCUCUCCGAGUUAUAUUGUAGCUACUGUACAAAAAAAACAUCUCCCAAACGUUUAAACGAGGUGCGACCUUAUUUUCUCUGUAAUGAAAAAUUUUUGCUGCAAUAAACGGUUUAUCUUUUA